AGAGGCGCCUCUCCCUUUCCCUCCCGAGAGGGGAACGGAGAACGGGCAGCCGGAAGCAAUGGCGGGCCUCCGCCAGAAGCUUGAUCAUGUUGUUCGUCUUCAUGAAGAAUCGAAAUCCGCGUUUCGGAUCCUCGAAUCACACAUCAAGGCCGGCCUUCUCGAAGCAGAAGAGAUCUUUGCGUCUCUCUCUGUGCCGUUGAUGCGUCUCGUGGAUCUGAAAUCGAAGGAAAUGGCCGUAGAGGGAAGGUCUUGCACGAUCGUCGUGAAGGAUAGCGUCUGCAAGGAUGCAGGGAAGGUGGCAUCGGGAGCCGAAUCGGAGAGUCGAAGGAUUGCCGAAUCGGAGGAACGGCGAUUCAACCAGCUCAUCUCGUUCCUCCGAACCACCGAGUCUACUGUCAACAGCCACCUGGAGGCGAUCCACCAAAGGCUGGCGAACCGCCGAUCUUCCCUCCACAAGGCCCACCAGGCCAUCGUCUCUCGCUUGGCCAACGCCUCGCAAGAGGCCGCCGCCUCGACACCGCUGCUCCUGGCCAUCAACGUGCAGCGGGCCACCUUCCGGAGCUUCGACGGCGCGCUCCUGUCGGUGGGGGGAGAGGUCCAGUCGGCCAUCUGCCGCAUGGCCGAGGACGUGUGCCGCCCGCUCCUGGGGUUGGCGAGGGAGAUGAAGGCCGACGGUGUGGCGGAGGCCUCCCGGCGCUUGAUGGCCGCUGUGGUGGAGAUGGAGGCGGUGGUCACGCGGAGGGGGGUGGAGUUGGAGGAGGCGAGGAGGAGGAUCCAAGCCGAGGAAGAGGCGAACCGAUCAGCGAGGAAGAGGCUGGCGGAUUGCGAAAGGGAGGUCAGAAAUCUGCGGCAAAAGGUGGAGGCGUGGGAACAGGGGUUCUGCCGCAGCUUCCAAGACCGCGUCGGCGGCGCCGCGCAGAAGCACCAUGCUGCGGAGAAGCAUCAGUUUCUAGAUGACAAGCUGCUGUGGCAGCUCUUGAAAGACGGCCAAAGGCACGCGGACGACUUCAACCGAGGCAAGCUCAUCAGCCCUCUGGCAAAUCACACGCGAAGGACUAUUAGCGAUCUCGGGGCAGAGGAAGACCACGACCAUCAUGUGAAACAUGCAGGAGCAGCAGCAGCAAUGGUGGCGAACGGACUGCCAGAGUCAAGAAGCUCUAAUGGACAGAAGAAAGCAAUUGUGGUACCCCGUGAUGUAUCAUCUUCAGCUGAUCUCAGAGUCAAUUGGUUCCCGGCGGUUAAUCCAUACCACAGCCGGACACGUCUUCCUGCGACUCCCACCCUCAACCUGUCUGGGAGGCGUAGACAGCACUCUUCGCCUUCCAUGGUAGGCAUGAUCAGGGGCAUGUCGGGUAAGCAUAAGAGUAAGUUUAGCUAGCUCCUCACUGAUGGCUGAUGCCAAAGAAUAGUAAAUCCGUGGAUGCUUGAAAAAAGAAAAAAUUAAUAUGUCUUGUCAGUGUGGCAUAUUGACA